AUGAAGUCUAUCAUUGCGCUCGUUGCUCUUGCGGCUGCCGCCAUCCAGCCAGCUCUGGCUCACUAUCGUUUCACUAAACUUAUCGACGCUGCGGGUACUGUAACCGGAGAGUACGUCUACGUACGUGCUAACACAAACAUCAACUCACCGCUCACUGAUGUUUCCUCGACUGACAUUCGGUGCAAUGCCGGUGGCCUUGCAUCCGGAAGCAAGACAUCCACUGCAACGGUUCCAGCUGGUUCAACCGUCGGCUUCCACUUUAAGUCAUCCUGGUCCUUGUUGGUCUACCUCGGAAAGGUACCAUCGGGCCAAACUGCUGCAACUUGGGACGGCAGUGGCGCCAACUGGUUUAAGAUCUACCAAGUUGGUGCUGACUUCAGUACUGGUGCUCUGAAAUGGCCUUCAGACAACGUACAGAACUUCAAGUUCAAGAUCCCCGCAUCUACCCCCGCGGGUCAAUACCUUCUUCGCGUCGAGCACAUUGCUUUGCACGGCGCAUCCUCAACUGGUGGUGCUCAAUUCUACAUAAGCUGUGCCCAAAUCAAUGUCACUGGAGGUGGUUCGGGCAACCCGUCCAAAGUUUCGAUCCCAGGCGCCUACUCAGCCACCGACCCCUCGAUCUUGAUCAACAUUUACUGGCCACCAGUCACCAGCUACACGCCUCCUGGCCCAGCUGUCUGGUCCGGUUGA